AUGUCAAUGUAUAAGAGAGAAAAUUCUGAUAAUAGUAAUGAGAAAAAUAACGAUGAAAAUGAUAACAUUCCAAGGAAGAAGAUGAUGGAUCUUGGUUAUGCUAUGGCAAUACAUACUAGUCAAGGAAUGACUCUCAAGGCUCCACAAUGUGUUUGGGUCAUUGAUGAACAUUUGGCUUGGGAUGAUUUAAUAUAUCUUGCAAUUGAUUGUGUAAAAUAUUUAAAUCACCCUAUUCAGAUUGAAGAUCCACCAUUACUAUUACUUCUGAGGUUAAAGAAAAACUUGAUAAUGAAAGAAAAAAGAAAAUUGAAAUGUAUAAAUAAUUCCCAAACAAUAACACCAACCUAUCAGACAAAAGAACUUGGCAAAGAUUAUGUUACAGAUUCAGAUAGUAACAGUGAUUUUAGUGAAUCAGAAUUUGAACAUGAAAUUGAAGAUACGCAAAAAAAGGACAAUGAGAAUAGUGAUUAA